AUGACUCAACAACAAACACAAAACCAUUUUGGUAGUAAAAUUAAUACUAAUUUUAUAUUUACACAACAGAAACAACAUCAGCAGAAGCACCAGCUACAACGGGAUCAAACUAACGAUGAUGGCGAAACAAAUGAUGCGCCCGGCUCAUCGAAUCACACCGAUACGCAUGGUAGCGUCGGUGUGCCGACACUGCCUGCAGCAGCGCUAUCUCUGUCCGCAACAUCCGUAGGCAGCACACCGCCGAGCAGCGCUGAAGCGACAAAUAUCAACAAUUUCGCUUAUUACACGGGCGCCGCUGAAACGGUGGCAGCAACGGCUGUCACAGCUGCAACGCACCGACAUGCUGACGCAGCAACGCCACCACUACCACCCCCAUCACAAUCGUUGCCGCCAUCAUCAGCUGUGGCGGCCUCAUCAGCAACAGAGUACUAUCCACCAUCACACCAGCAGAUGCAGCUACAGCUACAACAACAAUACGAGCAGCGUUAUCAACUGCAAACAGCCUAUUAUCACCAGCAACAGCAGACGCCGCCAUCGCAAUCGCAGCAAGAAGACCAAUCAGCAACGUACGUGACGUCACAACAGCCGUCUACACAAUACCAACAUGCGGCGGCCACAACAACAACAGUAAAUCAACAUGCUGCGCGCAGCAACAGACAAGCAACGCAGUCGACAGCCACACACCACACAACGAACACAUCACAAGUAGCAACAACAACACAGCAGCAGCAACCUGCAGCAAUGGCGCACGCGUUGACACAAACCACACAGCAACAACAACAACCGUGUCAACGGACGUCAGCAGUCACUCAAAGCACUGACCAACAAAUGGACGUAGAGGAGACCCAAACCACCUCCAACACCAUAAGGUCCGAAAUCGCUAUACCCAAAGCGUCGGCUGCACCCGUUGCCGCUCCAAGGACCAGGGUUAUGCGACCACCGCCAUCCGCCGAAGCAGUCAGGUAG